CGAAACACAAAGCUUCGGGUCGGGUCAAGAGAGCUGUUUGUCUGUUGUAGGUGUAUGGAGAUGGUCAGAAACAGAUGAAGCUGAGUGACUACAACAUUCAGCCUAACUCUACAGUCUACUUAGUUGUCCUGAUGCUGGCCAUUCCAGAAGGGUUUGAUCAUGUAGUUUUAUCUCUACUGGGAUUUCCACUGUCUGGGCUAGAUUAUCUUGAUGCUUCCUGUCUCCUCUAUAACGGAACCGAGUUUCUUCAUCUUUGUGACUGGGAUCAUCUUAGUUGUGCCGGUGAUGCUGUGCAACAUUCAGGAGACAUUGACAGCAUAAAGAAUCAAGGUCACCAUGUUAUUAACGUUUAUCUUAAAAAAAUCCCAAGUGAAGUCACCCAUUUAUUUUUCACGUUAAGUGCAUGGGAUUCACCAAACAUAUCCAAAUACCCAAACCCCAGCCUGAAGUUCUACGAAGCUGACAAACCAAAUACAGAUUUGUGUAAGACAUCCUUCACUCAUGCCAACCAUAGCGAGGCUGUCAUCAUGUGUUCAAUGUCAAGGUCAGGGGGUCGAUGGGCAAUCUAUGAGUCAGGAAAACUCUCAGCUGGAAAUGCUUAUGAUUAUGAUCCCAUCAACAGUAGUAUUCAAACUUUGAUUUCACAAGGAUAUUGAAAUUGAUCUUUGUUAUAAUUCUUUGUGUUUUUAGGGAGAUGAUAUAUCUAACAUAUGUUAUAUUUGGGAUUACACUUUGUUAGUAAAGUACAGAUUCUAGUACUUUUGUUGGGUUGGAGUCCCAUCCGGCUUCGAACCCAC